GACCAGUUACUGAAUCAGGCCGGGAAAUGGUCCACGAAGGCCCAACCAAAGCCAUCUCCCACCCGACCUGUUGCGCCGGCCGCCGGGAGGAGGAGAGACCCGCCGCCGUCUCGCCUCUUUCCCCUCCCGCAAGCCGCACCGCAGCCGAGCGAUCGAGAGUCGGAGGCGGAGGAGGAAGAUGUCGAAGUCGUGCAAGGGGCUAGCCAUGGAGCUCGUCAAGUGCCUCAGCGAGACCGACUGCGUCAAGGUUCAGAAGAGGCCGUACAAGGAGUGCGCGGGGGAGAAGGCGCCCAACAUCACCAGCGAGUGCGUCGGCCUGCGGGAGACCUACUUCAACUGCAAAAGGGGCCAGGUUGACAUGCGAGCCCGGAUACGUGGGAACAAGGGGUAUUGAUGGUGUGCAUGUGAACUCCCUUAUCCAGCUGAAACUUGUAGCCGAAUUAUCACUACAAGACAUCUUGCAUUCUAUAUAUGCUUUUGAUCUCCAAUAGAAUCGUAUGUAUUUCCCCCCCCCCCCCCCCCCCCCUCGCGAUAGCAUAGAAGAACCAACUCAGCACACGAGUAGAUUCAGUCGAUGAGAGGGUGCAUCGUCUUGUGGAGAAAAGAAAUGUUUGAUCAUAAUGCAGUUUGUCUGCAAUUUUCUGAUAUGGAACAGCGGAACUAUCAACAAGCAUGCGAGUAGUUUUCCCUGUGA